CAGAAGCCUUCACCGUGAAGCGUUGGCAACUACCAGAUUGGGAACCACUGCAAUGUAAUAUAAUAGAAUAAAUAUAGACUUCAGAGGUUCAGGUCUCAGUUUUAGGUCCGUACAGAACUCCAGUCACUACACUGGUUGGUUUAGACAAGAUAUGUUACUUAAUAUUUAUUGCAAUAACCAUAAUUAUGAAUUACUGUCCGACUGACAAGCCAACCAUGGGAGUAACCAUUGCCACAAUCGCAAGUAACGUUGCAUUUUCACAUCACGUUCAGUCUCUGUUUUUUUAAUCAGUCCUUCCAGGACAUUGCAGGCUUUUUUUGGGAUUGUUGCAGCCUAAAAAACUGGUUCCACAGCAGCUUUACUGAAAGAUUACGAUGCAUGUUGCGAUGUUUUUUGCGCUGAGAUUGCGGGAGAAAGUGAAAAAUUGCAAAAAUAGUGGCAGUUUUAAGUUCAUUAAAAACCGAAGUCAACUUGUUCCAGUGAGAAUAACGUCACUAGAAGUUUGGUGACGUAUGACACAUAGUGUCUUCUAAUCUGAGAAAUGCUCAAAGUUUUAUAUUUUUGUCAACAUAAAAGUAGAAAAAAUGAAAUAAAUUAAAAUAAAAAAUACUUAUUAAAGCAAUUUGGGGUUCAAUAUCUUGCCCAAGGACAGUUGGAGAGGGGGAGCUGGGAAUUCAUUUAUUAAUCAUCUUUACCAACAAUUAGGGACAUUUUUGGACAUUUAUUACUGUAAAAGUAAGUACGCUCGUUUGUGUCGACAACAGGAGACUGUAUAUGUGCAUCACUCAGCCUUCCUCUCCUCCUCUUCCUCCUUCAGGGAAACUGACGGCCUACGACACCGACGGAGACGGAGACUUUGACGUAGAGGAUGCUAAAGUUCUGCUCGGUCUGAAAGAGGCCCCACAUGUGGAGGAUUCACCUGAGGAGAGAACAGAAACCACUGAGCCUGUGGUUGAAAUAACCAAUCAGCAAGCUGCAGAGCCACAGGGGGCGGAGCCAACAGAGGUCACAUCAUCCGAAACACCAGCUGAGGAGACUGUGUCAGUUUCAGAGAGCGGCCCCUCACCUGUCGAUGUCGAUGUCGAUGACGAUGACGAAGUCUCUAGAUCUCAGGAUGUGGAGUCUGAAAUCCAAGCUGCUGUCCCUCUCCCUCCGUUGGUGGAAGACGACUUUGUGCCAGAUGAUCCUCGAGACAGCGUGCAUCCUUAUGAGGAUCAGGCUGACGGCGUAGACACAACUGGAGUUCUGUUGGAGGAGCCGCCGCCAGAGGAGAGCGUCGUGGAGUCUGGGGAAUACUUAACGAGCUCCAAAGUCACACAGGAAGCAGAGCCGGCUGUAGACGCAGAGAACCAGUCUGAACCAGCAGCAGAACCAGAACCACAGAGUGAAACACCCAGAGAGACAGAGAGCGGACCAGAGGCUGAGGGAACAACCGGGAAACAGGCUGAGCUCAAAGAAAAAGCAAAGAAGAAGAAACCAAAACUAUUGAAUAAGUUGGACAAAACCAUUAAAGCAGAAAUCGACGCUGCAGAAAAGCUUCGCAAGAAGGGUAAGCUGGAGGAGGCGUUGAGAGCGUUUGAUACUCUGGUGCUGCGGCACCCACAGAGCCCCCGCUCUCGCUACGGAAAGGCCCAGGCCGAGGACGACCUGGCUGAGAAGCUGCGCAGUAACGACAUGCUGCAGAAAGCCAUCAACACCUACAGAGAAGCUGCUGAGCUUCCUGAUGUGACCCCCGACCUCCUGAGAGCCGCACUCAAGAGACGAGCCGAGCGACAGCAGUUCCUGGGUCGGAUGCGUGGGUCUCUGGCGACUCUGGAGAGGCUGACCCAGAUCUUCCCAGAAGACAUCACUCUAAAGAACGAGCUGGGCGUCGCCCACCUGUUGCUAGGAGACAACAAGGGCGCCAAGAAGGUGUACGAAGAGGUUCUUGCGGUUUCCCCCGGCAACGGCUUCGCUAAAGUUCACUACGGCUUCAUCCUGAAGUCGGAGAACAAGAUAGCAGAGAGUAUACCGUACCUGAAGGAGGGUUUGGAGUCAGGUGAACCGGGGACGGAUGACGGGCGUUUUUAUUUCCACCUGGGUGACGCCCUGCAGAGGGUCGGAGACAAAAGUGCCUAUCACUGGUACGAGUUGGGUCACCAACACGGCCAUUUUGCCUCAGUGUGGCAGAGAUCUCUGUACAACGUGGACGGGCUGAAGGCUCAGCCCUGGUGGACGCCUAAAGAGACCGGAUACAACGACCUGGUCAAGACGUUGGAGAGGAACUGGAAGACGAUCAGGGACGAGGCUCUGGCUGUGAUGGACCAAAACACCGGAUUGUUCGUACCUGAGGAGGAGAACCUGAGGGAGAAAGGAGAGUGGGGCCAGUACACACUCUGGCAACAAGGGAAAAAAGUUGGAAAUUCCUGUCAGGGCGUCCCAAAGACCUGCUCACUGCUGGAGAGAUACCCUGAAGCUACAGGCUGCAAGAGAGGACAGAUUAAGUUCUCAGUCAUGCAGCCAGGUACUCAUGUGUGGCCUCACACUGGUCCCACUAACUGCAGACUGAGGAUGCACCUCGGCCUCGUCAUCCCCAAACAGGGCUGCAGGAUCCGCUGCACCGACCAGACCAGGGAGUGGGAGGAGGGUAAAGUCCUCAUCUUCGACGAUUCCUUCGAGCACGAGGUUUGGCAGGACGCCAACAGCUACCGCCUCAUCUUCAUCGUGGACGUUUGGCACCCGGAGUUAACGGCGUACCAGCGCCAGACUCUGAGCCCGAUUUAAACCAACCCGAACACACCGAGGACCCGGACCGCAGACCCGGUAAGAACAAUCUGACCGAGACUGAGGAGGAUCACGUGGCGACGGACUUAUUUUUGCUUUUUUUGUGGAUAAACUACUAAACUAGACUUUUGAAGGAUCAAACCAUCAGACUGAAGGAUGGAAAAAAAGAACAAAGUUACUACUGACUUUACAACCUUUCACCAAACAACAAACUGAACACAUACGGUACUCCUUUUAGUCCCGACUGACCCGGUUCUGCCCUGUUUGGAUCGGGAACCUUGUGAUUGAUUUCAUGUUUUUGGGAAAGCUGGAUGUCAUCUGCAGCUGUAGAGACGUUACUGAGGCUCAAACCAAAAACACGCCCUCCGGUGUUUCACGCCUUUGUGACGAUGAAUCGUUAAAACACUAAAACAGAUCGACAGAAUCGCCUUCAUUACACUUUAAAACGAAAUGUUGCCGUUCAUGAAGAGAAGAAGCCUUAAUUUUAGCUCAACCACUAUGCAUUACUUCAGUUUAUCCCGCCGGGUUUUUAGUUUCACUUUUUUCAUCACUUUUGCACAGUAACAAGGACACACGAGAUGUUAUAAAAGAUGAUUUAUAUUUAUAUUAAAAAUAAAAAAAAUACUGAAAAAAAUCCAAACCACAAAACAAAAGUGUGUUUGUUUGUUUGUUUGUUUGUUUGUUUGUAUCAGUUUGUGUUGAACUUUUUGUUUUGUUGUUGUUUUUUUAACAUUUAUACUUCAGAACAUUUGAAUCAUACACAGCUGCUUUGUCUCAUAAUGAAAAAACUAUUAACCGGUUUAAAAACAUCUUCACUUGGAGCUAAAUUAAAUAGUUUCAUUAACCUGUCGUACCACUGAUGUACAGUAGGUGGCAGUGGUGACACUUUUUUGCCACCAUUAAAAAGAUCUUAGCUCCAUCUGCUAUUGCUCCUUUUAUAUAAUACAAUGUGUCUGUUGGUAGAAGUGUUUCUGCAUGAAUGAACUUCAGUUGAAGGACAAUCUCUUCAAAAUAAAAUCCCCACUGUUCAAAUAAAAACCACGACACGCUCACGUCGGUGUAAAUGUUUACUUCUAUACAUUCAUUGAAAGGAAAUACAUUACAUUACAGUCGAGUGGAGAUCAGAUCAGUGUAGCCCUGAUGAUGAGUCAAACACACUGCAAAAAAUAAUGACAAACUCUGCCUUUAUAUUUGACAAAUAAUCCUAAUUUAAGUUUUCUAAGUGAAAUUAUCAGCCUGCGCGUGCUCUUACGCUUCCUCACACACAACGUCUAACAAGAUAAUUUAACUUAAAACAUCUCAGGAUCAACUUGGCCAAUGUGUGUCAUGCUUUUUUGCAGUGUAAUAAUACUUGUAACAAUAAUAUACAAUCUUCAAAUAAGUUAAAUUCAAUAAAAACAAUCUUUGCCUUCACUGCAGUCGAGGUUAAAGGUGAUAAUUUGGCAUCCUGUGGUCUCGUCACAGCACGACACAUCUUCAUUUCACUCUGGUAGAACGGCUCCUUUUGUUUCAUGCGUGUGAUGCGUUUAUAAUAUCUGCCGGUUAGUUUUUUAUUUUAUGUGCGGUGCUUUUAUUUUGAAAUACUUGUGCAAAGUCAGUCUAACUUGACGUGAUUUUGUUGUUUUACAUUAAAGUAAAUAAAAUAAAAA